AUGUUCCCCACCUACCACUGCCCAGAUGACCCAGACACAGGCAUACGAGCCGCAUCCAAACUCUCCAUCAAUCCUCUAUUACCAGCCAGUGCUCCACAGGUCACUCUGCUCAGCAAGACUAAAGUAAAGGGAGAGACUCAGAUGUUUUACCCCAAGGCUCCUAAAACGUUGUGUCCAAAUCUGACUCUGCGAGACUGGAAAAUCACGCUGCUGGAGCGGACUGCCAAUGUGCUGCGCAACCUGGAGAAGUCCCAGUGGCUCACUUCAUAUCAGCUACACUACACAGGCACUGGGCCCACUAACCCUAUAAAACUGGAUGACUUUAACGAGAAGACAAUCGCCUUGAUUACAGGAGAAAUGAACCCUUACACAGCCCAGCUGAGGGAGCGAUCCUAUCCCGUUGUCCUGCCUGCUCGGCCUCUUGAAGGACGCAGGGCCAGCCUCCUGCAUAACCAACAUCGUCUGGUGAAUCCAUGCACUCCCUACUCACCUUCCUUUCUCCCAGAGCCUCCAGAUGCAGGCAUGGUUUUUACACAAACACAUGGACCACUAGACACUAUUGCUGAGAAGAUCCCUUUUCUGGGCAAUAUGCAGCCUAAACCAUAUAGUGCAAGUCUUGAGGAUGAGGUGUUCCAAUCCAACCAGGUUACCGAGUCAAGUCAAACAUAUCAGGUGGUAUUUAACAACACAGCCUACAUGUGUGACAUGUGCUGUAAGAGAAAUUGUGUCUGCAAGCUAUCUGGGUCAGAUGGCAAUAAACCACAAACAAGCAUCAACAAACCUGCUUUGACAGUAAAUGAGACAGAGAAUACUAACUUAGAACCAGUUUUUGCACAACACAUGAUUCAGGCUGCGCUGCAGGAGAAGGAAAUGAACCAGAGAGAUUUGUCCAAUAGCAGAUCCCAGAACUAUGUGGUAGAAAAUAACCCUUUUGAGCAUAAGUGCACAGCACCACCCAGUGCAGAGAAGACUGACAGGCAUGUGCGCUUUGAACAAACAGUGAAAGAUUCUGAAGAGGAGGAGAAAAUGAAGCAGGGUUCUUGUACUAUUCCCGCCAUCUGUCCACGCUUCCCCAGAGGCACAUUUGGGUAUGGAGUAAAGAGAAGCAGCAGCGAUUUGGGGUCUGAUCUGCUGGAGUUUCAGAACUCUUUUAGCCAAACAAAGGCCCACAGAAUCUUCCGUGAGUCCCUGCAGGAUGCCACUGUAGACCUCAGGGACAACAAUCACACUGGGAAAAAGCACUUCUUCUAUGGCUUCAACUCUUACCAUUUUCAUAAUUGA